AAGAAAAACAAACGGAACCUUUAGUUGGAGGUUUGUUUCUGGACGGUUUCAUUAGGUGCCAGUACCGCAAGCAUGUUGUGUACUGAAGCUACACACAUGCUGGGAUUCUUAGUGAAUAAUAUAGUCUUUUGUGUGUGAUCCUGUUAAAAAAAAUUUUGUUUAAAUUCAUAUUUUUUCUAUAGAAAUAGAAACGUUUUUAUUCAUAAGGAGUUGUUUUAAUUUCACUCCCCGAAAACCAUGAAGAUCAAGAGACAGAAACAAGCUAAGAAAACCAUCAGCUUCUACAAAUACAACUUUAAUUUCAGGCAACCCUUUCAGAUCCUCUUAGAUGGAACAUUUUGUCAGGCAGCUCUGAAAAACAAGAUCCAAAUUAAGGAGCAACUGCCCAAGUAUCUGAUGGGCGAAGUGCAGCUCUGCACAACAAGCUGUGCGCUUAAAGAGCUGGAGACUCUGGGGAAGGAACUGUACGGAGCUAAGUUAAUCCUACAGAGGUUCCAGGUCAGGAGAUGUCCACAUUUCAAAAGUCCAGUCUCUGCUUCAGAGUGUCUGCUUUCCAUGUUGGAUAAAACAAACCCACACCACUACUUUGUAGCCACCCAGGACUUCACAGUCACUACAGGACUAAAGAGCAUCCCCGGGGUUCCUCUGCUCUACAUCAUCCUCAACACCAUCGUUCUGGACAAACCCAGUCAGUCGUCACUGGACCACGUGCAGGCCGUUCAGCUGGGGGAACUGGUGAGCCCGGCCCAGCAGCAGAGCAUCCGCAGCCUGAAAGAGGAGCAAGGAAUCAGCGGGAAGGGCGGAGAGAGGCGAGGAAAAAAGAGGAAAAGGAAACAGAGCAACCCUAACCCUCUGAGCUGCCUGAAGAAGAAGAAGAAAGGUCCCACGCUGCAGCUGAAGAAGCCAGAGGAGGGGGAGAAGAAGAAAAGGAGUCGACACAAGAGACGGAAAACAGACGGUGCAGCUGAUGGGCCUGCCGCUGCAAUUAAUAAUACAUGACUGACAGGAGGACAGACACCUUUUUUUUGAUUGAUAAAAAAAAUACAUUUAAUUGUCAAAAUGGUUAAACCUAUUAAUCUGUACCAGUUAUACUUAUUAAUUAAUUUUCACCAGCUUGAAUAAUCACAACAUGCAGCUUUGAAAUGCUUUUAUUUUGGAAGUUUUGCAGUAUUUUUCAAGACUUGGCAGGCAAGAGACUAAAACUGUUCAGAAACACUGUAAUAUUGUAGAGAUACACACAGGAUUUGUAUUUUUUUUUUUUUUUUUACCAAAUAUAAAAUCCGUUUCACAGGCACACGGUUAAAAAGUUCAGUGUAUAAUGAUUUGACGUUUCAUGCCAUGGAGGUUAUGCAGUAGAUCAUCAGAGACGCUGGGAAGAAGAGCAGUCACAGUUUUAAUAUUGUGGCGUCUGAUGUUUUCAGAGACUUAACAACAACAACAGAAAAAUGUGUCCAUUUGCACAUUAUUCCAUGUCCUUUAUAUUACACCCUCUAAAAUUAAAAUGAUCUAUUCCUGCCCCACAUCUCUCCUUAUACACCAAUACAUAAAUUCACACGUCAUCCA